AGUCGUAAUAUGCACAUAUCAUUUGCCCCUUCUGUUAUAAAAUAUUAAACACAAUUAUUAAAUUUCAGAACUACUACAAUACAGUUUUUGUGACCCUUGGAUUGGUAUACUUAGAGUGAAUAUAGAUGAAAAAAUAGAAUAUGCGACUGGGUUGGUGUUAAUUAAAGAAAAUCGUGCUCUAGCCCUGGCAAAUGAUGUUGCAAAAAUAAGUAAAGGUGUAAUGAGGAAAUCGACCCGAGUAAUAUUCUAUAAAUAUAAUUUAACAUAUACAGAAUGCACUCUAUUAGACUAUACCUUGCAUCCGGAGUUUUAUAAGAAAGUAGUAAAUACUUUAGCACUGCUUGAUAUUAACUGUCACCUUGAUACUGGUGAACCUAUCAGCUUGCUGUCAGAAAAUGAACCUUUUCAAACUUUACAUAUAAUGGGAUUGACUGAUAAAAAUGCGCAGCUUGAAAGAGUGAUAUAUGAUGCUACUGAAGUAAAUCAUACAGAAUGCACAAAUUUUUACAUAGAACAAGAGCUGAAUUUUGAUUUCUUGUGGCCGUCAAAGGCUAUUUGUGUGCUAGCUAAUGUUCCUUAUAAAUGCGUGUUUGAUCCUGGUAUGGCACUACUAACAAUUAUACAAGAUAGUUGGAUAUUGGUGGGUAUCAGCACUCUAGGUCCAGGUUGUGCCUUGCCAUCUAGAUUUGUAAACAUUUCGCCAUUCUUGCCCUGGAUUAAGCAAGAAAUUAAAUCAAAGGAAAAACAUUCUAGAAGGCAGAACGAAGUUACCGUAAAUGAGGCAAUAGAAGUUGAAGAUCCGUCUAUUGUUAAUGAAGACAUCGAUAGAGAAGAUGAUUUUAUUGUUGAAAGGUUUAAUGCAACAAGUUUUGUUUGGAAAAAAUCUCUGGCAAACAAAAAAGAAAUUGUUCACGGAAGCUGCAAGCCUAGAGAUGGAACUUAUUUAUACAGAGAUGUUGGUAAGAUUGAAGCACCAGGACAAACAGCAACCGGAACAUAUGCGCUGUCCCUUUAUGACCUGCAUUUUCAUAAUAUAACCUGCAUCGCCGUAACAGUUGGUUGCAAGAGCCGAACUGUUACGCAUAUGUGGAUUGACAAAGGAUUCCAUCAAGAAGACCUGGGUCAAUUUGUCAAAAUAAUCCCAGAUCUACCUGACCGAGGGUCAACAAUCCCACCCAAAAUUCUCUAUAUAAAGGACAAGUAUCAAAAUUAUGAAAACAUUUCUACUACUAAUAUAUUGUUCAAAUUUAUCUUUACUAACAAAGCUACUAUUCGAGUUGAUUUCUACGGCCAUAAGAAUGGGCCACCUCAACCAACUUGGCCGCCAUUUCCAGAUGAUAUAUAAGUUUGAGGGUAGUUCUAGAAAAUAUUGAAGGAUUUUUGAAUAUUGAUUAUAAUUACUGAGUUAUAUCCAAAUAUCAAUAGCCAAAAAUAAGGCUGAUUCGGACUCUUCAGAAGAAUCAUCUUUGUCUAAUGCAGACGACAGCGAUUAGAAUAGGGAAUCCAUAAUUUGUACAUAAUUUAUUCGAAUAAAAAUGUUU